AAAUCUCAAAUCGAGAGUGUGACGAUGAAAUUAAAAGAAAAUGAAGACAUUUCUGAGUUCAAGAAGAUGGUUGAGAAGAGGAAAAAGAAGAGAAUGAGGGAUAAGAAGCGAAAGGAAGCCUGGAAGCUGGAGAAGAGUUUACGAGACGAGAGACGAAAUAAUCUUCAUAAGCAAAUCGAUAAUUGGAUAAGAAGUAAGCAAGAUGUCAUUGAGAGAGAGAAGCAAGAGGAAAACUUGAGAAAAGAUGCCGAUUUAGUUUUGGCGGAAGUCAGGGGUAAGACGAAAGAUGCUAGGAGGUACUUACAAAUCCUGAGGGAGCUGCAGAACUUACGAAAAGUUAAAGCUGUCAACGCCAAAGCCAGAGGUGAGAAUUUGUCGAAUGCAGCUGAUGAGUCAUUCAAAAGAAUCAUCGAAGGAUUGAUCGAGCAGUGGCGUCAGUUGGAUCGAGAGUACCUCAUUGAGGAACACGGGCUUAAGCUGAUGAUGACGAGUGAUAAUGAGAGGGUAAUUAACAAGAGGAAACGAACUGCAUUUGAUGAUUGGGAAUUUGCGAUUUUUGGACGGAAAUUGGGAGAUCCCAGAAGUCAGAGGGAUUUGAGGCAUUUGGUGGUUACGAGAAUCGCUUGGGAUAGGUUUGUCCAUAGGGAUGGGACGAGAAUACCUCUGGAAUGGGUCAUGCCAGAAUCCCCGAGCUCUGGAAUUUGGCAAAAAUGUCUGAAGGAGAAAACCGCCAUGAAAUUUAAGUCGUAAGAAAAUUAGAAACCUCGUCAAUAAUUUAUAGGGGUAAAAAAUUAUGACUAUAAUCUAUUUUACUCUUUACAUUAACCAAAAACUACUUUUUCUGUUAAUCACAUGGGAUGAACGAUCGAUGCAUUAAUUUGUGCUUGUUAAAAUAGUUAUUUUGAAAGAUGAGAAUUGUGAAAAAUUAAUUUUUUUAAGGCACUCCUUUAUAUUCUCCCAUUACUAUUGCAUUGAAAGUUGAUUAAUCACUCCCCUUAUUUUGUAAUAAGCUUUUGUAAUAAAAUUUAGUUUUUAAAUAACAAAUUUUAAUGGUUAUUUUACAUCGCCUCGAUCCGAUUGGUGUAUAACAAUGAUUGAUUGGGAUUUUAAACGGCUAGACCAUCAGCAGUUU